AUGGAAAACACAUUCAAAAUGAAAUCGAUACCAGAGAGUAAACUGAAGGCGUUCAGCAUUGGACGAAUGAACAUUGUGAAGACCGGAAUGUCUAAAAAGGACAAAGAAGAUGAGAAGAAAGAGGAAGAAAAAAAGACUGCGGAAGUUUAUAGCGAGUUUGUUGCGUCAUUUGAAGGUGACAAAGGCCGUGGUAAAGCCUUUGUUCGUGGUGACGUUAUAAACCCUGAUGAAAAAACUGGCAACAAAAAGGGAAAGUUGUACAAGCCAACAUCCAAACUACAGGAGCUUGUGAAGAGUUUCUCCACGAAACCUGAUGUAUCAGUGUCAACACCUGGAAAAAAUAUGAAACCAGAUCGACCAACUAUUAAGAAAAAGGACGAUAAGAAAAAGAGCAAUUUAGAGCUCUUUAAAGAGGAACUAAAAAUCAUUCAAGCUGAACGUGAACAACGACAUGCUUUCAAGAAAGAUCGCAACUCUCACUCCUCAAGAACACCAUCAUCUACGAAAACUGACAACCGUCAAAAAGCAAGACCAUCAAGGUUUGAAAAUGUGAGCUCUCCGCCAAGGGAUCGUGAACAGGAUUCUUCUUCACUGCUUGAUGAACUUGUACCAGGAUCACACGACAGCGGGGAUCCUAUGACUACAAAUCUCUUUCUUGGAAAUGUCAAUCCUAAAAUGGACGAACAAAUGCUUUGUGGUGUUUUUGGAAAAUACGGCCCGCUUGCAAGUGUUAAAAUUAUGUGGCCAAGAACAGAGGAAGAAAGAUCAAGGGAGCGUAAUUGUGCGUUUGUUGCUUUCAUGACGAGGAAAAAUGCUGAAAAAGCAAUGAAAAACUUACAAGGAAAAAUGACAAUGGACUAUGAAAUGAAGUUGGGUUGGGGAAAAACAGUACCAAUUCCACCACAUCCAAUAUAUGUCCCACCUAUCAUGCUUGAACGUACUUUACCUCCGCCACCCUCUGGACUGCCUUUUAAUGCUCAACCAAAAGAUCCCAGCAAAGCAUCGGGAGAGAUUGGAGUAGCUCCGUCAUUUCGUGAUCAAGAAGAAUUUGAAGAUACACUGGCAAAAUCAGUUGUGAGGGUGGUAAUCCCAACUGAAAGGAGCGUCCUUGUUAUUAUUCAUCGUAUGAUUGAAUUUGUCGUUCGUGAAGGACCGAUGUUUGAAGCUAUGAUAAUGAAUAGGGAGAUUAAUAACCCCAUGUUCAGAUUUUUAUUUGAGAAUCAGAGUCCUGCUCAUAUUUAUUACAGAUGGAGGAUGUAUUCAAUAUUACAGGUAGAUUUCCGUUUAUUUGAAGGUGGGUCAAUGUGGCGUCCUCCACCUAUAAAUCCAUAUGAAGAAGUAAUGUCAGAUUCAGAGUCUGGAGAUGAACAGCAGACGACAGAAGUCGAAACAAAAUCUAUAAAGGAAGAAAAACAAAGAAGACAGGAGUUGAAAGAUGAGGAUCGAGAUAAACUGGAAGAAAUACUUCGUGGCUUAUUACCAACACGACAAGCGAUUGCUGAAGCAAUGGUGUUUUGUCUUGAACAUUCUGAUGCAGCAGAAGAAAUUGUAGAAUGCAUUGCUGAAUCUCUUUCCAUAUUACAAACACCUUUGCCAAAGAAAAUUGCUCGUCUUUAUCUCAUUUCUGAUGUAUUAUACAACUGCAGUGCGAAAGUUGCAAAUGCUUCUUUUUUCCGAAAACACUUUCAAGCCAAAUUACAAGAAAUCAUGUCGGACAUCCAUUCAUGCCAUGCUAACAUCCAGGGAAGACUUCGUGCAGAGCAAUUUAAACAGAGAGUUAUGUAUUGUUUCCGUGCCUGGGAAGAUUGGGCUGUUUAUCAUGAACAAUUUCUUAUUUCACUGCAAAAUACUUUCUUGGGUCUUCAUGUAGUGGAGAAUAAGACCAUGAAAAAAGAGGCUGAUGACUCAAUUAACGGUAAAGAAAUCGAUGGUGCUGCAUUGUUCAACUUGGAUGUACAAGACAAUGAAGUAGAUGGUAUUCCUAUCGAUGCUGGUACAAUCGAUAAUGAUGUGGAUGGAUUGCCGAUAGAAGCAGCAGAAGAUAUUGAUGGAAUCCCAUUGGAAACCAAGUCUGUUGAUAAAGAGUCGAAAGGAACUCCAAGAUUUGUUCAAAGUAAAUGGGAAACAGUAGAUCCUCAAGAUGUGGAGGCCCAAGCUAUGACGACAUCUAAUUGGGAUCAACUAGAAAAUAAAGAUGAUGUUGACGGCGUACCAUUGGAUGACAGUGAUGCUGAAAAUGACGUUGGAAAUCAUAACAACAAAGCAAAAUUUGAUCCAAAACUCGAAGAAGAAAAGCGUGCCAAAUUAAGAGAAAUUGAGGUAAAAGUUAUGAAAUUCCAGGAUGAUUUAGAAUCUGGAAGACGAGCUAAGAAUCCAACUAUGGAUAUAGCAGAACAAGUUGAACAAUACAGAAUAAAACUAAUGGAAAGGGAAAAAGAAAAGGCUCGCGAACAAGAAGCAAAGGAAAGAAGAAAUAAAGACAAGAAGGAUAAAAAGAAAACAAGUCGACCACAUAGUAGUAGCAGUGGAAGUUCAAGUGAGUCUGGCAGAUCAUCUCCUCAUAAAAAGCGAAAAAGGAAAAAUCGUGAUUCAACAGGGACACCUAGGAGAGGACUAGUUGCUUAUGACAGUGAUGGCUCUACAGAUUCAUCAAGACAUACAUCUUCAUCAAGGAAAAGAAAAACUCCAAAGCGAAGAUCUAGAUCACGUGAACGACAUCUUGACAGACGAUAUGAACAAGGAUCAGGUGAUUACAGGCGCCGGUCAAGGUCUCGAAGUCCUAUGAAAAGAUCGAAGCGAUCUCGAUCGAUUGAAGAUAAGCUCAAAAAGAAAAGAAGAAGUCGACAUUAAGCAGCUUUUUCUCUGUAAAAACGAAUGUUAUUUGUAAUUGUAUCGCUUGUUACAGGAUAUGUUGCAGUUGCGGCUGGCUGUAAAACAUAGUUUAAAACAAAGUUAACUGAUUUAUUGCUUGCUUCCCAAAUCGAGAAACUUGGUUGUAACUUGAUGGUCGUUUACCAGUCCCGAAACGUUGAAUGUGUCCAAGUGGGAAAAGUUUCAAAGAUUAAACAAAAUGGCUGUUGAUUGAUCAAGAUGACUUAUAUAUUUGUCCAAAAGUAUAUAGUUUUGAACAGUGGUGGGGUUCAAAGUUUUGAGUUCUAGAGCAAUUACUAACUAUUAUGAAGUCGUACUAUUGUUCUUUGUUAACCUAUAGUUGAAAUGGUGCUUUUUCACUGGCUUGAUGUUUUCUGCUAUCUUAUGUUCGAAUUAUAUGUAUGACCUGCAUGCUUCCGACAGUCAAGUAUUGAAAGUACGAAAGCUUAUAUAGAAGAAAUAAUACAUUGGUUUGCCAUGUUCAAGCGAGUGUUUUAUCAUGACCAGAUUAUCUUUUUGUAUUGUCCGAUAUAAUAAAAUUAUUUCAAAAUUAA